UUUUACCAUUUCCUCCACAACUCAUAAUAAAUCUUUUUUACCUUUUUUUUUUUCUUCUCUUCUUAAAAAAGAUUCGGUUUUAGGUACGCGACGGCCCGACCUUGAUUAUUAGACACACCAUUUCUAUAUACCUCUCUCUCUUUCUCUCCUUAAAACUUCCCAACUUGUGCUUCAAGCUUAUAUUCUGAUCCUUUUCUCUCCUUCAUUUAGAUCCCGUAUCCAAAAUCCUCUGUUACUAAGUCUUAUAGCUAGAUCCAUUGUAUAAAACAAUGCUUAAGAGCGGUGCAAUGGAUUACACCAACAAUAUGAAGAGAUGUCAUGAUUACGUCGAAGCCCUUGAACAAGAACAAAAAAAGAUUCAAGUCUUUCAGCGUGAGCUUCCUCUCUGUUUGGAGCUUGUUACCCAAGCGAUUGAGUCGUGCCGGAAGGAACUAUCUGAAUCAUCUUCGAUGUCAGAACACGCUCGUAGCCAAUCAGAAUGUUCUGAGCGGACUACGAGCGAGUGCGGCGAUGCUGCUCCCGUGUUUGAAGAGUUCAUCCCAAUCAAGUGGACUUCAUCUUCAUCCGAUGCUAACGAUAAAGAUCAUGUAGCUGAUCGUGACGAGAGCAUCAAAACGAAUAGUGACAAUAACGCUGGUGGUGAUAAGAAGAAAUCGGAUUGGCUUAGAUCUGUUCAGCUAUGGAACCAAUCAUCGCCAGAUCCACAACCUAAAGAUGAUCAAGUCAUUAUUAACAAGAAGGCAGCUGUAAUUGAGGUCAAACGCAACAACGCCGGUGCGUUUCAACCGUUUCAAAAGGAUAAACCUAAUAAGAAGGCUAAUUAUAAUAAUGAUGAUUCUCCUCAACCGCUGAUAAAAGCAAUCACCCCGACGCCUACGACGACAUCUAGCUCCACGGCUGAAACUACUGUCGGAGGUAAAAACGAGUUUGAGCAGCUGAAACAAUCUCCAUCUAAUAGGAAGCAAAGACGUUGCUGGUCACCGGAGUUACACCGGAGAUUCUUGCACGCACUUCAGCAGCUCGGAGGAUCGCAUGUUGCUACACCAAAGCAAAUUAGAGAUCUCAUGAAGGUCGAUGGUUUAACCAAUGACGAAGUUAAAAGCCAUUUACAGAAAUAUAGACUUCACACAAGAAGACCAGCUACUCCGGUAUCAACCAACGUCGGAGAAAAUACACAACAACAACAACAACAACGGCAGUUCAUGGUGGUUGAAGGCAUUUGGGUUCCAUCGUCGCAUGAUGCAACGAACGGUAGAGUAUACGCUCCUGUAGCUACACAACCACAGCAACCUUCACCGUCGGGAGAAAGAAGUAGCACGCGUUGCAAAUCGCCGGCGACAUCUUCUUCAACCCACACACCACACCUUCUCCCUCUUUCCUAAAUAGUUCCCCAUUUUUGUAUGAAAAAAAAAAAUGAAAAAAUUCGUUUCUUUAUGAUAUAUUGUGUUGUGUAACCAAGAAUGUUCGUUGUUCUAGGUUGCAAAUUUUUGAAUAAAAUUGUAAAACAGUAGAGAGAUUACAACAUUACACAUUUACACACAACAAUAAUAAGUAAGGUUUCAUUUUUUGGGUA